GUAGGUCAGUGUGUCCGGGUAGGUCUAAGUGGUGAGGAGUGGGACGUUGUCGUGCACCUGACGCCACAAUGGACRACUAUCCGAUGUAUGGGUUGCUGGUUGGGUUCUCUCUCUGGGGGACCCUCURGCGCCUCCUCUUUCCUCUGGGUUUCUGGCCCACUUUCACGUGUAGAGUAGGGCCCACUCGUGGUGGUACUUCCACCARCCCCUACACGAAGGAGGAGGAGGAGRAGAUGGYCGCCAUUYURCAGGAGAGGAAGGAGAAGRAGGAGGCCAAGAAGAAGGCCUUGAAGGAGGAGCAKGCGGCCAAAUUGAAGAAGAUAGAAGAARWGAUGGCCAGRGAGAAGGAGAGGMUAMAGAARGAARARGARGMGAARUUGAAAGAGGUGGAMGAGGARGAAGARGAWGRAMCRCCACUGCAAAGGAAGARKRGKCAGMACAGUGGCRGCARGGAUGASGARAUGGARAAGCGGAUUUCAGAWUGGGUCGCCAACUUGUCCCUGGGGGAAGAGGAAGAGGUUGCUAUGUAUAUCCCCAAGGAUGAGCAAGCAGCCACCAUGAAAAAAUGGGAAGCAGAGGAAGAUGUUCURACGWGGCGGGCGAUGGAAGAUGAACAGAGGAUGGYGUGGAAGCUCGCAAUGAUGAGGGAGAAGAAGAGAAGAGUGGAGGCGGCGAAUGCAGCAAUACAGGAAUUGGAGGAGGUGCAGAAAUUGAGGUUACAAUUGACACCCCAGGUAGAYCUCGAGCGGAAGGUGGAGAUCAUCSCCCAGAGCGUCGAGCGUUUAGCCAAAGUGCAAGAAAARCACUAUGAGUUUAGUCGCAGCCAGGAAAUAUCKGUGCGUUCGAUGCGAACGSGAUUACAGGACUUUGCUCGCGAGUUAGUAGGCGMUGUGGGGUCCGAGGAGACUCCCACACCACAUGUGCCUAUGGCAGAGGUUGCAGGCCGGUGUCUAGAUAGCUGUCCCGAAACUGCUUGUGUUAGAGUUUCGCUAGACACCUCCCUCACAGGCGUGGCCGAAGAGUUGAAGGAGAGGAUGCCCGCCUGGGCCAAGAUGAAGAAGGAGAAUAAAGGACAACUUAUAUUACUAGAUACGGAGAUUCUUAGAAGUAGAGUAGGGGCCCUAGUAGACUCAGGGGCCACCCGCAGCUAUAUUAGUAAGAAAGCGCUGCAGAAGUUGAGGCUGGGACUUAAAGUCCAGAAACUGACAGAUCCCAUAGUUAGUAUCCUCGCGGACAAUCGUACAAUGGUUGUAGAGGAGUAUGUAGAGGGAGUCCAGGCAUAUUUUCGCCUAGAGAAGGAUGGGAAAGUGGAGAAGGUCCUCCACUCCCUGACUCUCCUCGUAGAAGACAGCCUCCCAUUUGAUAUUGUCCUGGGAAUGGAUUGGGGAGAGGCAGCCGGGGCCACGCUCCAUCUGAAAGAGCACAAGUGUAGGCUCCCUAGUUCGUCAGGCGAGGCUAAGACUGGCCGCCUGUUCCAUGUGUCCGGGGUAGAGAAUUCCUUGGCGCAUUGCUGCCUUAGUGCCCCUGCGUUCGCCAGAUUGGUGACGAAGGAGAAAUUAGAGGAACAGGUCUUUGUUGCCUAUGUUAGGCCAGUCACUGAGCCUAAGGAAGAGAAGCCCGUAGACCUUGCUAUUGCCAAAUUGCUGGAAGAGUUUAAGGAUUUGACUGAGCCGCCAACAGGCACGGUGCCGCGGCCCAUCCAACACCGUAUUGAGAUAGUGCCUGGCAGUAGAACUCCUAAGGGUGCUGUGUAUAGGAUGUCCCCGCGGGAGUUAGAGGAGCUACGGAGGCAGUUGGACGAGCUCCUUGAAAAGGGUUGGAUUAGGCCCAGUUCAUCUCCGUUUGGAGCGCCUGUUCUCUUUGUCCCUAAGAAAGAGGGAGAGCUGAGGAUGUGCAUAGACUAUAGGGGUCUGAAUGCUAUUACAGUAAAGAAUGCUGAGCCACUGCCUAUGAUAGACGAUCUCUUAGAUCGAGUGCAGGGGGCGAAGUAUUUUUCUAAGAUAGAUUUGAAGUCCGAGUAUCAUCAGAUAGAGGUGCAUCCUGAUGAUCAGUAUAAGACAGCCUCCCGGACUAGAUAUGGGCACUACGAGUUCGUAGUGAUGCCCUUUGGACUAACCAAUGCGCCAGCUACGUUCCAGCGCUGCAUGAACGAUUUGUUUAGGCCGUGGUUAGACAGGUUUGUUGUAGUGUACCUAGAUGACAUCCUAGUGUUUAGCCGGACCCUUGAAGAGCAUCAGGGUGAUCUCACGCAGGUCUUGGAGAAGCUGAGGGAAGCUAACUUCAAGAUCAAUGCAAAGAAGUGCGAUUGGGCGAAGACCCAAGCUUUGUACCUAGGCCACGUCUUAGACGGAGACGACGUUAAGCCAGAGGAUAGCAAGAUCGCAGCGAUUAGAGAUUGGCCCACGCCACGUACGCUGACAGAGUUGCGCUCGUUCCUGGGCUUAGCAAAUUACUACAGGAAGUUCGUGAGGAACUUCUCCACCAUCGCUGCGCCCCUUCGCAGAUUACUCAGGAAGGAGACCAUCUGGAAGUGGGACAAGGACUGCACGUCUGCCAUGAAAAAGUUGAAGCAGGCGUUGAUAGAGUACCCGGUCCUUAAGGUGCAGCGAGGAAUGAGGACGGCAGGGUGCAAGGUGGUCGAGAUGCAUGAUGUCGGGAAAUGACGACGCAAGAUGGCAUAGAGCACCCCUGA